AUGUGGAUUGCUACCCCCGCGGUACCCCGUGGACAGGCUGCUUUGACGGGAAUCCCAUCCACAAGACGAAGGAAAGCGAACCGUACAGUGCCCUACGAUCCCCAGCCGGCCGCGACCAACCCGUUCACAUUCACUACUGAUUCCACCACCUACAAACCAGGCAAAAGUUUGAGAGUGAGCAUUUCUGCUGACAAUGGAACAUACUUCGAGGGCUACUUUCUUCAGGCUCGGUCCGUCAGCACCGCAACACCCGUUGGUGCGUUUACCGGACUGCCGGCUCUCUCCCAAUUCUUGCUGUGUGUCACACCAAGCGAUUCUUCAACAGGGAAAUACUCCUUUGAUUCCGUAACACACACGGGUGAAGAACAUAAGGAGGCCGCAACCUUCGUCUGGACAGCCCCCGAAAAAUGCGUCGGGGACAUUUCAUUCAUAGGGUCAGUAGCCAUAAAGCAUUCAACGUUCUACACCGACAUGACGUCAUCCAUAAUCACGUGUAAAGCGGGGUGCCUUCAAGCCAACAUCGGUGUACUGGCCCUUUCUACAGUGGUUGCUCUGCUUUAUAAGACAACAGAAUAAGGAUGGCAUCACAAGGACCCAAGUACUUUGGCAAGGCCAUAGUAUUCUCCAUCCAGGUGCCCUAAAUAUAUACUCAAUAGGAAGGGGUUCCUUGAAUGCUCUAGUGCCCGAUAAGGGUACCUCAGCUAUUAAAAGCUGGGAUAAUAGUAUACAGUCAUGUAAAUGUUGCAUAAUCAUGACCAUACUGGAUAAUCAUACUGUAUAAUACAUACAUAUAUAGGUUGUACUCUCGAAAGAAAAAAAAUAUAUAUAUAGGCCUACUAUUUUUCAUCUCAUAUGUUUUUUUACGUGUUCGAUAUCACUUUUCACUUCAAUUUUUUCUCUAUAGUUGUUUUGAUUUAUUAUUUGUGAUUAAAGUUUUGAAUUAAUAACCGAAGAUUAUUGCACUAUUUGUCUGAUUUUCCUUCCCCUUUCCUUUUGAGGCCUUUAUCAAUUUCAAGCUCUAAGCUUAAGAUGAAGGUCUCCCACAUUUCAAAAUGUAUUAAUGUUGAUAUAUGUAUAUAUAUAUUUUUUUUCUGCUAUUUUUUUAACAAUAAAAAAAGAAAGAAAUUUAUCAGGUAUAAGUAUGUUUCAAUUAGAUUGUAUAUUAUGCAUAUGUUAUUAAUUAUAUCAUUUGCUUAUUAUGUUAUGCUAAGAAAAAAAAUGAUUACACUUGUAUAUGCUUUUUUUGGAAUGUGGAAAUAAAUAAAUCAAAAUCAAAAUCAAAGAUAAAUGCCUGGAAUACACCAAUAAAAUAUAGAAGUAAUAUAUUUUCAGUUCGACCUUUCAUGAAUUUAUCUUUCAACAUCAUUAUGAUAAUUGAAGCGCCAAGCCUUGAAAUUAAAUCUGGAAUGAUUAAAACGAUGAUAAAGAA